AUUGGUUAAUUCAAUAUAAAAAGAGCGAGAUUGCGGGACGACGCCGAUUCGCUAUAAGUCAGCUUCUCUCCGGGACUGAGUAUCAAUCGUGUGUUGAACGCAAACGCGGUCAAUACCUUCUUUCUAAAACGAAAUACACCGAAGUCAGCAAACGAACAUGUUGUUCUUGCAAAUUUUUCAGUUCUGGCUCUUGAGCUUGUGCGUUUCCAGUUUUCCGACUGGUCAAUCAGAAAUAGAUCAGAACAUGAUCAUUGGGGUCGUGGCCAAUCCAGCUCAAGGAGGACCCGCUGAACAGUGGCCGGAAUCCAGAAAACUCGCAGACAAAGCGCAGAAAGGCGAAAUACUUGCACAGCAAUUCGAACCGAGCGCUUCGCAGAAAUUCAAGCAUAACCGAUUCGUCGCCAUCCCGAAGAACUUGGACAAAGACCCGAACACCGGGUUCUCUGACCAAGAACAAUUUGGCAACGCGGGCCUUACACCUUCGAAAGACGAAGUGUUUGCCGAUGAAGUCAAUCCAAAGCCACCAACGUUGCUCAAGUCCCCAGAUCAUUUUCCUCAUCAGGCUCAACCUGGCUGCCAGACACCGCAUCAUCCUGCACGGAAUCAACCUGAGCCUGCACACCCACAUGUGAAACAAGCGAUCAUUGAAGUGCAUGCCGGAGGGGCUGGCUCAGCUGUUCACCAACCACACCACCCAAUGCCAGCACACCCUCACCCAAUGCCAGCACACCCUCACCCAAUGCCAGCACACCCUCACCCAAUGCCAGCACACCCACACCCAGCGCCAGCACACCCACACCCAGCGCCAGGACACCCCGGAAUGGACCGAGGACCCCCCCAUCCAAUGCCCGGACAUGGACAUCCACACCCACAACAUGCAGGCGGAGCAGGUUUACACAUCAAACAAGCCAGGAUAGAGAUCACGAAACCGUUGGCAGGAAAUCAGCAAUGCGUUAGUCCCACGACGACCCGAGCACCAGAAGUUUGCCACGAAACGAAUACCCCGCCAACAGAACCGCCAACGGACGUUCACGUGCCAGCCCCACCAAUGCACGUAGCGUUACCACGUGUGCAGGAGACAUGCACCGUCCCUACCACGUGCGCACCUCCGCCGCCACCACCACCAGCACCAAUAACAAGGGCUCAUCCCGUAUGUGCUCACAUGGUAGCUGGGGGGGAACGACACCAUGAAAACCCUGAUGUUCCGCCAGCAAUCCACAACGACCAACACUUGAAAAACGCUGAUGUGCAAGUGCAAGUAAUGCAGCCGUUGAGGGAUUAUCCACAAGAACCACACGUGGACCUCCCCAAGAUCACAGACCUCUUGCAGACAAUAAACACCCAAGAACAAGAAUUGCGCAAAGCCGACCUCAUAAAAUGGCCGCAAUUUUGAAAAGGACUUACUCGCGAAUGAGAUUUUAAAAACUUCGAUACGCAGAAUAAAGAAGUCAUCGGCGUACAUCGUAAA